AUGAUGCUGGUGGGAGCCCUGCGUGGCCUCCUGCUCCUCUGCCUGGUUGAGGAGGGCAUCGGCAAAGUCAGAAGAUACUACAUCGGCGCAGUGGAAACCACCUGGGACUAUAUACACAGUGACCUGCUCUCCGUGCUGCAAGCGCCGGCAGGCGUGUCAGGGCACCCAGGCCCACGGCCCCCCACGCCUGGUGUCCCUCCGCGGUACAGGAAGGCCGUGUUUGUGGAGUACCCUGAUGCCUCGUUCACACAGCCCAAGCCCAAGCCAGCGUGGAUGGGUCUCCUGGGCCCCACCAUCCGAGCAGAAGUCUAUGACAUGGUGGUCAUCACCUUUAAGAACCUGGCCUCCCGCCCGUACAACCUCCAUGCCGUCGGGGUGUCCUACUGGAAGGCGUCGGAGGGUGCAAAGUAUGAGGAUGAAACCAGCCAGUCAGAGAAGGAGGGUGACAGGGUGGAUCCAGGGAAGACACACACAUACAUCUGGGAAAUCCAGCAAAACCAGGGCCCGACAGAUGGCGACUCAUCAUGCCUGACUCACUCCUACUCCUCCAACACCGAUAGCGUGAAGGACAUCAACUCCGGUUUGAUCGGAGCCCUGCUCGUGUGCCGACCUGGGACCCUGGCAAGCGAUGGGAACCAGGACAUGCAGCAAGAGUUUGUGAUGCUCUUUGCAGUGUUUGAUGAAGGCAAAAGCUGGUACUCUGAGCCCGGCUACUCAGCAGCUACUCAACCCCUGCCUCACAACAGGACAGAGCUGCACACCAUCAAUGGCUACAUCAAUGGCUCACUGCCUGGUCUCACACUGUGCCUCAAGAAGCAGGUCCACUGGCAUGUGAUCGGGUUGGGCACUGGGCCAGAAGUCCACUCCAUCUUCUUUGAAGCCCACACAUUCCUAGUGAGAAGCCACCGUCUCAGCAGCCUAGAAAUCUCCCCUGCCACAUAUCUCACAGCCCAGACCAUGCCAGGAACAGCUGGCUGGUUUCGGAUGUUCUGCCAGAUACUGUCCCAUCAGCAAGCUGGCAUGGAGGCCUUUGUGAAGGUGGAGGAAUGUCUGGAGGAGCGCCUGAUGAAGAUGGGGAAGCUGUCGGAUGAGCCAGAGGACAUGGAUUACCCUGAAGAAGAUGAGGAAACUUACCAUGUGAUCCAAGUGCGCUCUUUCGCCAAAGAGAUACCUGUGACCUGGACUCACUACAUCGCGGCUGAGGAAAUGGACUGGGAUUAUGCCCCUGAGAAGCCAGUGUCUCUGGACAGAAACAUCACGAGCCUGUUCCUGGAGGCUGGCCCUCAGCGGAUUGGUUCAAAGUAUAAGAAAGUGAUGUUUGUGGAGUAUGAGGAUGCAACCUUCAAGAAGCGCAAGGUGUCAGAUCAACUGGACAAGGGAAUUCUGGGGCCUGUCAUUAAGGGGGAGGUUGGAGAUCAGUUUAAGAUUGUGUUCAGGAACCUGGCAAGCCGACCGUACAACAUCUACCCUCAUGGCCUCACUAGCGUAAAGCCAUACUAUACCAUGAAGCCUUCUCAAGAUAAAGACAUGAAGGACAUUCCUGUCGCCCCUGGCCAGUCAUUCACCUACAGCUGGAGGGUCACCACUGAGGAUGGGCCAACACAGGCAGAUCCCCGCUGCCUCACCCGUUUCUACUACAGCUCCAUCAACCCAGUCCGAGACAUGGCCUCAGGCCUGAUUGGACCCCUCUUGAUUUGCUUUAAGAAGUCCAUGGAUCAGAGGGGAAAUCAGAUAAUGUCAGACAACACGAGGUUGGUGCUGUUUUCAGUCUUCGAUGAGAACCGCAGUUGGUACCUGGAGGAGAACAUCAGGCGGUUCUGCACUGAUGCAGCUCAUGUAGAUAUGCAGGACCCCCAGUUUUAUGCCUCCAAUGUGAUGCACACUAUUAACGGCUUUGUGUUUGACAACCUCCAACCAAAACUCUGCCUGCAUGAAGUUGUGUACUGGUACGUACUGAGUGUUGGAGCCCAAACAGAUUUCCUCUCCAUCUUCUUUUCUGGAAACACAUUCAAGCGCAACAUGGUCUUUGAGGACGUGCUUACUCUUUUCCCGUUCUCUGGAGAAACGGUCUUCAUGAGUUUGGAAAAGCCAGGCAUCUGGACGCUGGGGUGCCUGAAUCCUGAUUUCAGGGACCGAGGGAUGCGUGCCAAGUUCACAGUCUUGCAGUGCCAGCAUGAGAAUUACCUUGAUGAGGAAGAUUAUGUGGACUUCGAGGAGGAGGAGGUCAACUUUGAUUUCCAACCCAGGGGCUUCUCUAAAAGAAAGAGAUGGCACAGGCCAUGUGUGAAUGAGCAACUGAAUAACGUAACCUCUUCCAGAAAUGAGACAGAGAAGAUAAGAUUGUGCUUGACAGAACCCAGCCAUGGGACCCUCCUGAGCAAUGGCAGUAUUUCCGAUCCACCUGAUAUUUCCAUGUCUUCCCUGCCAGAGACAAACUAUGAGCCAGUGUCCUAUGAAUCCUUCCUGGAAGAUGAAGAAUUAUCAAAAAUCAUCAGCCAGGAUGAAGGGUUUGGAGCUCUCCCACCUGGAGAACACCUGGCGAGUGUCAGUGGAAGGGUCCAUGACCUGGGACCCAGCAAACCUGUACAAGAACAAAUCCUCAAAGAGGAGAGUAACUUCUUGCCUGCAAAAAGUGGCACAGAAGAAGAAGUCAGUGAACUUGCCAAAGGCACAAGCCUUCUAGAAAACACCUUUGCACACACCAAUGACCUUGAGCCUUCCAGCUAUAUAAUGACAGAAGAGAGGGAUGAAUUAAUCUUGGAGGCAGUGUUUCAAGAUGUUACAGCCACUAAGGAAGUGCCUGAGAUGGACAGUCUCGCCUAUCCUGAAUCAAAUGUUGUGGCCAAUGACACAGAGCUGUUCCCAAAUUCUUUCUUAAACAGCCCUGAGCAGUUUCUGAGACACAGAGCUCCAGCCCCGACCAUGAGUGGCCCCAACUGGAGCCCUCGACAAACCAGGUCUGUUACUGUCUCUGAGGAUAACAGAGCAGAGCAGGAUCCAGCCAGCCAGACCCCUGAGACAGCAGUGAAUAAGAAAGCCCCAAAGGUGUGUGGAUCUCAUUCCCCUUUUUGCAGCGCACGCUUCAAAAAGAGGUCCCUGGUAUCAAGCGACACUUUGCCUGAGGUGAUAGUGGCCCAGCAAAUCCUGGACGAAAAAUCAAACACAGUUGAGGGGAGACUACACCCAGGCAGGGAUGCUCCACAGGCUCUGCUUGGAGAUAGUGCUGAUGAGAUGCAGCCUGAGAGGAGGCCAAGCACAGAUGGGGGUGUAUGGAGCAGCAGUGAGGGGGCCCAGCGCAGCGGACGCUCCUUCCCCAGAUGGGGAGCACCGGGGAGUGAGGCAGCGAUGGCAGCAAGCAGCUCAGAAACGCAGGCUGCUGCUGCGGCUGCAGACCUGGCCUCAAACUGGGACCCGGUCUCCCUGGGGGCAGCAGGACAUGCUGGGGGCUUGCAGAGCCCAGCUUUGGCCAAGCUGCAGCCAGGCAGAGGUGCUGUCUGGCAGGCUCCUGGGAGCGAGCAAGCUCAGGGGAGAAGCCAGAUGGAGGAGGAGACAAACUCUGUGGAGCAGCUGGGUCUGUUCAGUCCUCAGCCUCAGCAGCUCAAGGCCAAUGCCAUGGAAGACUACGUGCCUGAGAGCAUAUCUGGGCAAAGCCCAGGAGAAAUCCCUAUGAAACCAGCCUCCAAACAGAACUAUUCCCUAUCUCCAAGCAGCCCUGCUCGCAACCACAGCACUACCAAAAAAACAGCCAAAUAUGUGCAAGCCAGUCCAGAUGGAUCGCAGGUGCUCAGUGGGGAAGAUGUCCUCAGAGGAACAAGAAAUAGAGAGGGCCAGGGCCUAGGAGAGCCCAAGGAGGAUGGGGAAAGCAAAGGCACAGCUGGGAAGAGGAACCGUGCCCCAGAACAUAGGGAGAACCUGGCUCUGAACAACAGGACCCAUUCCAGCCCCUUGAGGCCAAAGGCUGACAAGCCAGACUAUGAUGAGUAUGGUGACACAGAACAGACCAUGGAGGAUUUUGACAUCUAUGGGGAAGAGGAGCAUGACCCACGCUCCUUCCAGGGGGAGGUACGGCAAUACUUCAUUGCAGCGGUGGAGGUGAUGUGGGAAUACGGGAACCAGAGACCCCAGCACUUCCUAAAAGCCACCGGCAGGAGGAAGCCUUUCCAGCAGUACCGCAAGGUGGUUUUCCGAGAGUACAUGGACGAUUCCUUCACACAGCCACUGCUGCGGGGAGAGCUGGAUGAACACUUGGGCAUCCUUGGGCCGUACAUCAGGGCAGAAGUUGAAGAUGUCAUCAUGGUUACGUUCAAGAACCUGGCCUCACGGCCCUUCUCCUUCCACUCCACGCUGCAAGCCUAUGAGGAGACGCAGGGCACAAUGCAGGGUGGAGAGGUGGUGCAGCCCGGUGAGCUCCGGAAGUACUCAUGGAAAGUCGUGCCCCAGAUGGCACCCACCACGCAGGAGUUUGACUGCAAGGCCUGGGCUUACUUCUCCAGUGUGGACCUGGAGAAGGACCUGCACUCAGGCCUCAUUGGGCCACUGAUCAUUUGCCGCCGUGGGGUGCUGAGCUUCGUUUUCAGGCGGCAGCUGGCUGUGCAGGAGUUCUCCCUGCUCUUCACCAUCUUUGACGAAACCAAAAGCUGGUACUUCCUGGAGAACAUGGAGAGGAACUGCCGCCCUCCCUGUCACAUCCAGCAGGACAACCCUGACUUUAAGAGAAACCACUCCUUCCAUGCCAUCAAUGGCUACGUGAGUGACACACUGCCCGGGCUGGUAAUGGCUCAGCAGCAACGGGUCAGAUGGCACCUCCUGAACAUGGGCAGCACUGAGGAUAUCCACUCCGUCCACUUUCACGGGCAGCUGUUCAGCAUCAGGACUAGCCAGGAGUAUCGCAUGGGAGUCUACAACCUUUAUCCUGGUGUCUUUGGGACCGUGGAGAUGUGGCCCUCACAUGCUGGGAUCUGGCGGGUAGAGUGCAAAGUGGGAGAGCACCAGCAAGCCGGGAUGAGUGCUCUCUUCCUCGUGUACAACCUGAACUGCCGAAACGCUCUUGGCCUGGCCUCAGGCCACAUUGCAGACUCCCAGAUCACAGCGUCGGGGCAGUAUGGGCAGUGGGCUCCUUACUUGGCCAGGCUGGACAACACCGGCUCCAUCAAUGCUUGGAGCACCGACCACAGCAACGCGUGGAUCCAGGUGGACCUUUUGCAUGUCAUGAUUAUUCAUGGAAUAAAAACCCAAGGGGCCCGACAAAAGUUCUCCAGCCUUUACAUCUCUCAGUUUGUUGUCUUCUACAGCCUUGACGGGCAAAGGUGGAAGAAAUACAAGGGGAAUGCCACCAGCACCCAGAUGCUGUUCUUUGCAAAUGUGGAUGCAACCGGAGUGAAAGAAAAUCGCUUCAACCCUCCGAUCAUAGCCCGGUACAUCCGCAUUAACCCUACUCACUACAGCAUCCGGACCACACUGCGCAUGGAACUCAUCGGCUGCGAUCUGAACAGCUGCUCCAUGCCCCUAGGAAUGGAGAACAGAGGGAUCCCUGACCAGCGCAUCUCCGCAUCCUCCUACAGCAGCAAUGUCUUCUCCAGCUGGUCACCCUCCCAGGCCCGUCUGAACCUACAGGGGAGGACCAAUGCAUGGAGGCCAAAGAGCAACAGCCCCAGUGAGUGGUUGCAGGUGGACUUUGAAGUAACCAAGAAGGUGACUGCAAUCAUAACCCAAGGUGCCAAAGCUGUCUUCACCCACAUGUUUGUGAAAGAGUUUGCUGUCUCCAGCAGCCAGAACGGCGUGCACUGGAGCCUGGUCCUGCAGGACGGCAAGGAGAAGACUUUCAAGGCAAACCAAGACCACACCAGCACAGUGAUGAAUACGCUGGAGCCCCCGCUCUUUGCCCGCUAUGUGAGGAUACACCCCCGCCAGUGGCACAACCACAUUGCCCUGCGGAUAGAGCUCCUCGGCUGCGACACUCAGCAGGAGUACUGA